CGCAUAAGGAAACCUUCUCUUAUCCUCCAUCUUGACAUUUUUUAAUUCAAAAAAUGGACAGUUUUCCCUAGCGUGUGUCCAAACUUGUUUAUUUGAUUGUGCUCAAGAGUCCUAUCCCUACCACGGAAAUUGCCAGAUCUGUGUAUACGAUCGUGGACCGUGGUUACCAGCUUACUACUCUGUCCAAAAGUUAACCUAACUUGAACGUAGUUAAAUACUUUAUACAUAAUUGUACUGUUUAAAUUUGAAGAAACGUCCAAUAAAAGAUUAUAUUUCACUGUACGUGCUGGAAGAGUCAAUAAUAAGUUAUUACGUUAAAGUGAAAGACGGAUAUCUUUUAUUAUCGAUUUGUUACUCACAAUAUAUGAAAAUGUAUAAACGUAAAUUUGAUGAAUUAGAAGAUAAUAAUGUUAGAAAAGCACCAGUAAAAAAUUCGUUAGAUUCGGACGAAGAAGAUGAUGAUGCUAACGAGGAUAAUUAUAAUAUAAUGAGUGAUGAUGAAAUCGAAGGUGCUGAAGAUGGACCAAGUGCUCCAGAAACAAAUGUGGGGUUUACAGCAUUUAAUAUGAAAGAGGAAUUAGAAGAAGGACAUUUUGACAAACAAGGCCAUUAUCUUUGGAACAAAGAAAAAGAAAUUAGAGAUAAUUGGUUGGACAACAUUGAUUGGAUGCAGAUCAAACCGAGUUCUACAGCAAGUGUAAAGAAGGAAAGCCAAAGCAGUAAAACACUUGGACUGGCACAUAGCGAUAGUGAAGAUGAAGAUCCAGAUAUAAUGUUCAAUCCAACUCAGGUUUAUAAACAAAUAUUGGAAUACUUACAACCUGGAGAAACUGUUUCUAAGGCUUUGUGCAGGCUUGGAAAAGGAAAAAAAAGAUUAACUACUGCAGAGAGAUGGAAAAGAAAACAGGAAAAGAAACCGAUAGAAGAUGAUCAAAAUUCUAUUAGUAUAACAAAAUUAACAGAAUUGGCAAAUGAAUUGUUAACUCGUACUGGAAAUAUGGAUAUAUAUCAAGAAAGUUAUGAGCAAAUCAAAAAGAAGGUUGAGCUAGGAGAUAAACAUGCUCAUCCUUCAAAACAGGAAGCAGAGUUAGAUAUGUAUGCUGAUGAUUUUGACGUAAAAGAGAAAGCAAAAUUGGAUGAGAAUGAAAGUAAUAAUAAAGAAAUUGAUAAUUCUGAAGCAGACGAAGUUAAAGAAGUAACAUGGGAAUUAAAAUGGUCACAAGAUGAAAAUGCAGAAGUUUAUGGUCCUCAUACAAGUGAGGAAAUGAAUGCAUGGGCAAGGGAAGGUUAUUUUAAAAGUGGAGCUUGGGUGCGAAGAACGGGUCAAAAUAAUCAGUUUUAUGAUGCAGCAAGAGUGGAUUUUGAACUUUAUCUGUGAUGUUUUGUUCUUGUUUGAUACCUUAUUUGAUAAAAGAAUUAGUAUGUAACUGUAAUUUUUUGAUGAUAAAUAUAAUGAGAAACAAUGUAAUAAAAUAUAGGCUAACUACUUGUCAAUAUGUACAGUAUAAUUACAGACUUUGAUGAACACAUACUCUGGCAUUUUGAAACUAUAAUAUAACAAAUAUCAAAUUUAAAAACUGUGUUUCUCUGUAUUUAAGAAGAAAGAGUAUUGUUAGUAAUAAUAUCGAGUAAUAACUCAUUCCAUAUGACUAAAUUGUAUAAAAUAACAAUUGUCCAUUCUUGAUACAUAUCGUAUAAAUAAAAUUAUCGUGGAAACCUA